CUACUUAACCCUUUUCUUUUCUCUCUUCUCUCUUUCUCUUUCUCUUUCUCUCAGUCAGUAUAUAUAGCCAAGCGUUGUAGUUUAAGUCGACCACAUUCUCAAAGAGAGAGAGAAAAGAUCAUAUCACACUUAUUUUCUCUUGCCCUCUUUUCUUUUUCCUUUUGAAUAUUUCUGGGUUACUAAUAUUUAAUUUGUUGGUUCUUCGGUUUCUCCGACUCUUUCCCCUUGAACCUAGCUUAACAGGUAAGUGAAUCACCUCCAUACAUCAAUAAAUUCUUUAAGAAAAUAUGUACAUAUACAUGCAUAUUUAGGGUGACUUAUCCGUGAAGAUUUUGUCAAGAGAAAUUAAGCUUUUGGAUUUAGGCUGAAUUUAGGAUAUACUUAGCUUCUCUGAUCACUCACUGGUGUUUAAUAUUUACAUAGUAGUCUUGACGACCCUUUGUUUUUCUUAAACCUGGAUGAAACUUUGAAUUAAGCUCAAGUUAUCUUUGUGGCAUGUCUAUUACAGUAGUAAUAAGUUAAAAUUCUACAUGUAUUUUUUAUUUACUUAGAGAAAAUCAAAGAGAGAGGAAAAAUGAGUGGAGGUGGUGGAGAAAUGGAAGAGAGACUGUUAAAUGGGUCAGAGACAGAACAAAGGAGAGAGAGUCUCUACUUGAGAAAAAAGAUUUGGAGUGAAGUAAGGAAGAUGUGGAGAAUAGCUUUACCAUCAACUUUGUUCAGAGUUAUGUCGUUUGGAUGCGUAGUGGUGGCUCAAGCCUUCAUUGGCCACUCCAGUGAAACGGGUCUCGCUGCUUAUGCUCUCCUUCAAAGCACUUUCAUUCGCUUCAUCUACGGUAUUAUGGCAGGUAUGUCAAGUGCGACAGAGACGUUAUGUGGACAAGCAUACGGAGCAGAACAAUACCACAUGAUGGGGAUAUACUUACAACGUUCUUGGAUAGUAGAUACCUUUAUUGCAACUCUCUUCGUCCCUUUCAUCGUCUUAGCGGGUCCCAUUCUCCGGUUAUUAGGCCAAAACGUUGUGAUCUCCGAGACAGUAGACGAGAUUUACCCAUGGGUCAUUCCUUAUCUCUACAGCAUCGUGUUCACCAUGACAAUGCAAAUGUACCUCCAAGCGCAGAUGAAAAACGCCAUCAUAGGCAUUCUUUCGACCCUAGCCUUGGUCUUGGACAUUGCGGCCACGUGGUGGUGCGUAAGCGUGAUGGGGAUGGGGAUCCAUGGUGCGCUUCUAGGGCUUAAUAUAAGCUCAUGGUCGGUGGCCAUAGCCGAGUUUGUAUAUGUGUUUGGAGGGUGGUGCCCGCAUACUUGGACCGGCUUUAGCACUGCUGCUUUUCUUGAUCUUAUUCCCAUGCUCAAGUUAUCCAUAUCCUCCGGCUUCAUGCUUUGCUUAGAGUACUGGUAUAUGAGCAUCAUUGUCUUGAUGUCUGGAUAUGCAAAGGAUGCGAAUAUCGCAAUUUCCGCUUUCUCCAUAUGCCAAUAUAUCUACUCAUGGGAGAUGAACAUAUGCUUUGGCUUGAUGGGUGCAGCAUGUGUACGAGUGGCGAAUGAAUUGGGAAAAGGCGAUGCGGAUGCGGUGAGAUUCUCGAUAAAAGUGGUGCUUGUGGUAUCAGCGGUGAUCGGUGUGAUAUGUUCCGCUCUUUGCCUAGCGUUUGGCGGUCAGAUUUCGUAUUUGUUCUCUGAUAGCCAAGCAGUUUCGGAUGCAGUAGCUGAUCUCUCCAUCGUCCUUAGCAUAUCUAUACUCUUCAACAUCAUCCAGCCCAUUCUAUCUGGGGUAGCAAUUGGAGCAGGGAUGCAGAGUAUGGUAGCAUUAGUGAACUUAGCAUCUUAUUAUGCAAUUGGUGUUCCUUUAGGUGUCCUCCUUGUUUACGUUUUCAAUUUUGGGAUUAAGGGACUCUGGUCCGGAAUGUUGGCUGGAGUUGGUAUCCAAACGUUGAUAUUGUGUUAUGUUAUUUACAAAACUGACUGGGAAUUGGAGGUUAAGAAGACAAACGAGCGUAUGAAAACGUGGACUCUAAAUUUACCUGCUGUACAAUCGACUACUAUCUCCACAAGAGAUGAAGAGAGAAAGUGAACAUACAACUAAGUUAAUUUAAAGAAAUCUUUUAAGAAAUUCUUUAUAAAAAAAGAAAGAAUAAUUUAUGUUGUAUUGUGGUUGUGUUUUGCAUUCCCUAAGAAUGAAGUAUCGGUGUUGAGAUUGCAUUAUUAGGUUAAUGCAACUCUCAUAACUUUGAAAAAGGUUAAGAAGGAUGAACUUUUUCUUUUAUCAGAGAAAAAGGUUGUUCUCUUGUUCUUCGGAUAUACUCUUUCUAAACAAAAAAAAAAUUGUGGGAGGUUUGAAAUUUUAACUUCUUUCUUGAUUUUUUAAUGGAUGUAUAUUUUGUGUGUGGGGAAAAAAAUUCCAUUUGUUUGAGUGCUUGUAAUCGUGAAUUUUUACAAAAAAAAUAUUCUCAUAUAUAUUUCGAGGAAACGUUACAAACUUUCAUAAGCUCACCAUCAAAUAAAAUACUCAUUUAUU